GGCAGGACCAAAACUCGCACACACCCCCUUCAUCUCGUUGACAGCGAUCGCAAUCACUGCAAGCAGACCAACCAAGCAAGCAAGCAGACCCAGACCAAGCAAGCGAGACAGCCAGCGAUGUCAACUGCUGACGACAAACAAAAGGCUGUGGAGAUUGCCACCGCAAAGGCGGUCCUGCGGUACUCGCCGUACCUGGCGUAUCGCCCAUUCCUCCCCUCUGAGUGUUUUGUGGAUGUGCUGGCGGGAAGCGAGGGUGCUGGGGACUUUUGCUGGUGCGUGAGCCGCGACACGGGGUUCAUGCAGCGUCUGUGCUAUGGCGGCUUCCUGCCCAUUGCCACCCCCGUCCGCGGCAAGUUGCGCAGCGUGGUGCUGCCGAAGCUGCACGAGGAGCGAUGCGUCGUCACUGACCUGUCACGACUGCGCGUGUCGCGGUCCUGCCGCAAGCGCGCACGCAAGCUCGAGUUCUCCGUGGACACGUGCUUCGAGGCCGUGCUGGACAAGUGUGUGGAGCAGCACGGCAUGAACUGGAUCGGCCUUCUGGCAAAGGAGUUUCUCGACAUGUACCGCCACCCGGCCCACGGCGUGCGCAUGCACUCCAUCGAGGUGUGGGACGGCGAUGAUCUGGUGGCGGGUGAAAUUGGAUGGGCAUGCGGCAGCAUCUACACCAGUGCGACUGGGUUCACGCGGGAGAGCGGUGCAGGCUCUGUGCAGCUCUGUGCGCUGGGCUGUCUGCUCCGCCGUCGUGGCUUCAUGGCGUGGGACUUUGGCAUGGGCAUGCAGUACAAGUACGAUAUGGGCGCACAGGAUGUGCCCCGCCCGGCGUUUGUCGCCCUCUUUCGCAAGGCGAGGGCGGUGGCGACCACGUUGGAGUGCGCGCGUGCAAAUGCGCGCGAUGUGAUUGAUGGAACGCACGCGCAGACGAAGAAAGAGGGAGAGCAGCAAGAGGGUGAAGAGGAGGGUGAAGGGAAAGAGGGAAGUGGGUUGAAGCAAGCAGGUGCCAAGGAUGAGAGCAUGGGUGAAGGGAAGGAAGGAGAGAAGGUGCAAAAGGCAGCAAAGGGACGUGUGAACGAGGAGGCGCGCCGAAGAAAGCGAGAGAAGCGAGAGAGACGCAGACAGGAGCGCAUGCGAUGGACGAGGGAGCACGCGGGCAAGGGCAAGGAUGGCGGCCAGGCAGUGACCACAUCAGCCGACAGUGGUACACCCGAUGGUGGCGAUGGUGCUGGUGAUGAGAAGAAGAAGAAGAAGAGUGUGCAGUGAUGGUUCGAGCCAGGUGUUUGCACUGGUCUUGAUGCUGAAGAAGUGAAGGAAGAAGAGUUGUGGCGUGAGGGUGGAACGACAUGGACGAUCGCGUUUGUUUUUGUUUUUUUGACUUGUGCACCUUUUUGAUUCUUGUUAUUGCUUCUGCCG